GCAAGCAAGAAAAACCAAAAUGAGCUCCCUACUGCAGGAUAAACUUUAUGAAGUUCACACACAGGCACCUCCUCCUAACAAAGACUUUCAUCACUUGACAAUUACAAAAAAUGAGGUUAUCUGGAAAUCAUGGAGAAUCUCUUUUCGACCUAAUCAAGAAAGGGUUUGCCCAAGAGAAGUGAAGAAACUCCAUAAAGAUUUUCUCUUGGAUGAGCAAUUACACAAGCAACUACAAAGCAUCUUUGGAAAGAAAAUGCUAGACUAUGUUCUCGGCUUGUGUCAAGGACAUUAUGAUUUUCUAGUCCGAAUGCCUGAGAAUUUGAUCAUACACAUCUUGUCAUUCCUUAAUACAGAGGAUAUUGGACAAUUGUCAAAAACAUGUAAAAAGUUUCGCCAGUUGUGUAACACUGAAGAAUUUUGGGAAAGAAUAAAACAGUUGCAAGAUAAGUACACUCUUGAUGCAAAAACAAUCAAGUUUCCAGGUAAGAGGCCACUGAAUUUCAUCCAAAAACCAGGUUACCUGACACCAAUGCAGAGAAGACAGACUACAUUCUUCUAACAUAGGGCCAAGUGUUGACUGCAAGCUAGGCCCCCACAAGGAAUCAACAGAGGAGAGGAAUAAUUUGGACAUCUCACAUUAUCCCCCUGUGUAUCCACCUUCAGAGGCAAGUGACUACCUGGCUAGGACUUUCGCUAUUUAUGGUACCUUGUUUCUGGAACACCCUCCCUGUAGCUAUUCACCUGGUGACAAAAUCAAUAAAUUUUAGGUGUUAAGUGACAACACUUUUGUUUUCAAUCUCUUGUGGAUGAUUAACUGUGUUAAGUGCCCGUGUCACUUUUAUGCUUGGUCUGCAUAUUCUAUUUGUUGGUUUCCUUGUAUUAUUUUUAUGGUUUUUAUUGCUUUGGUUAUAACUGUAGCUUUUCACUGUUGAUUUUUAUUUUGUUAAUUUACUUCUUUCUGAACAAUUUUAAAUGUAAACAACUGUUCUGAUGAACUGAA